AUGUUGGCCACCUCACACACGCAACAUGAAAUAUUGCAAAUUCUCGAAGACCCCGUGUUGUACGAACAAAAGCAUAUGGAGAUCAGAAAUGACUUGAUCAAACACAUUAAUCAGCAAAACUUGGUCAUCAAUGACCAAAACAACGAGUUAGAGGUAUGCAAGACGGCAAACAAAGCAUUCAAACAGGCUCUCUCGGAGAUUGGUACAGUUGUCAUAUCUGUUGCGAUGGGUGACUUGUCCAAGAAAGUCGAAAUCCACACAGUGGAAAGCGACCCCGAGAUUUUAAAAGUGAAAAUCACCAUAAACACAAUGAUGGACCAGUUGCAGACUUUCGCAAGCGAAGUCACCAAAGUGGCCACCGAGGUCGCCAAUGGUGAAUUGGGCGGUCAAGCGAAAAACGAAGGAUCUGUGGGUAUAUGGAGAUCAUUAACCGAUAAUGUCAAUAUUAUGGCUUCCAAUUUAACAAACCAAGUGAGAGAAAUCGCCGAUGUCACAAGAGCAGUCGCUAGAGGUGACUUGUCGAGAAAAAUCAAUGUUCACGCCCAAGGUGAAAUCUUACAAUUACAAAUGACUAUAAACACAAUGGUGGACCAAUUGAGAACUUUUGCGUUUGAGGUGUCCAAAGUUGCAAGAGAUGUCGGAGUUUUGGGAAUCUUGGGUGGUCAAGCAUUUAUUGAAAACGUUGAAGGUAUUUGGAAAGAAUUGACCGAUAACGUAAACGCAAUGGCCUUGAACUUGACUACGCAAGUGAGAAAUAUCGCAAAUGUUACUACUGCCGUUGCCAAGGGAGAUUUGUCCAAGAAAGUCACUGCUGAUUGUAAAGGUGAAAUUUUAAAUUUGAAAUUAACAAUCAAUCAAAUGGUGGACCGAUUGUUGAAAUUCGCGUCCGAAGUUACCACAUUGUCACGAGAAGUCGGUACUCUUGGUAUUUUGGGCGGUCAAGCCAACGUUCAAGAUGUCGAGGGCGCAUGGAAAGCAGUCACCGAGAACGUUAACUUAAUGGCAACAAAUUUAACCAAUCAAGUGAGAUCCAUUGCCACCGUCACUACUGCUGUCGCUCAUGGUGAUUUGUCGCAAAAGAUUGAUGUUCAUGCUCAGGGAGAAAUUUUGCAAUUGAAAAACACCAUCAACAAGAUGGUGGACUCUUUGCAGUUGUUUGCUUCCGAAGUCUCUAAAGUUGCUAGAGAUGUCGGUAUAAAUGGUAAAUUAGGUAUCCAAGCCCAAGUUAGCGAUGUUGAUGGAUUAUGGAAAGAAAUCACUUCAAAUGUGAACACCAUGGCUUCAAACUUGACUUCGCAAGUGAGAGCAUUUGCCCAAAUUACUGCGGCGGCCACAGAUGGUGACUUCACAAGGUUUAUUACUGUUGAAGCGCUGGGAGAAAUGGAUGCGUUGAAAACCAAAAUCAACCAAAUGGUUUUAAACUUGAGGGAGUCCAUUCAAAGGAACACCGCAGCAAGAGAAGCAGCAGAGUUGGCCAACAGUGCCAAGUCAGAGUUCUUGGCCAACAUGUCGCACGAAAUUAGAACCCCAUUGAAUGGUAUCAUUGGUAUGACGCAAUUGUCGUUAGAUACUGAGUUGACGCAAUACCAAAGGGAGAUGUUGUCCAUUGUCCACAAUUUGGCAAACUCCCUUUUGACGAUUAUUGAUGAUAUUUUGGAUAUUUCCAAGAUUGAAGCCAACCGGAUGACGGUUGAGCAGAUUGACUUUUCACUCCGUGGUACAGUGUUUGGUGCAUUGAAAACAUUGGCGGUGAAGGCGAUUGAAAAGAACUUGGACUUGACGUAUCAGUGUGACUCGUCGUUCCCAGAUAAUCUUAUUGGUGACUCGUUUAGAUUGAGACAGGUUAUUUUGAACUUGGCAGGUAACGCAAUAAAGUUUACAAAGGAAGGUAGAGUGAGUGUUAGUGUAAAGAAAUCUGACAAGACUGCCGAAGAUAGUGAUAAAUUAUUACUAGAAGUUUGUGUGAGUGAUACAGGUAUCGGUAUCGAAAAGGACAAAUUAGGUUUGAUUUUUGACACUUUCUGUCAAGCUGAUGGUUCUACAACAAGAAAGUUUGGUGGUACUGGUCUAGGUUUAUCUAUCUCGAGACAAUUGAUCCACCUCAUGGGUGGUGAAAUAUGGGUCACAUCCGAGUAUGGUUCUGGAUCCAACUUCAAUUUCACUGUUAGUGUAUCUCCCUCCAAUAUACGGUACACGCGCCAGACUGAGCAGCUCUUGCCCUUUAGCUCACACUACGUGCUCUUUGUUUCCAAUGAGCAUAGUGAUGAGGAGUUGGAGGAUAUUAGAGAUGGAAUUUUGGAGUUGGGAUUGAACCCGGUGAUUGUUCGGAAUAUUGAAGAUGCCAACUUAUCAGAACCUAUCAAGUAUGAUAUCAUCAUGAUUGAUUCGAUUGCUACUGCUAAGAAAUUGCGUCUUUUAUCAGAGGUUAAAUAUAUCCCCUUGGUGCUUGUGCACCAUUCUAUUCCAGAGUUGAACAUGCGUGUGUGUAUUGAUUUGGGUAUCUCGUCGUAUGGAAACACCCCGUGCUCAAUUACUGAUCUUGCAAGUGCAUUGAUCCCGGCUUUGGAGUCAAGAUCUAUUUCGCAAAACUCUGACGAAUCCGUUAGCUACAAGAUCUUGUUGGCCGAGGAUAAUUUGGUAAACCAGAAAUUGGCUGUUCGAAUAUUGGAAAAGCAAGGACACCAGGUUGAAGUUGUCGAAAAUGGAUUGGAGGCAUUUGAGGCUGUUCAAAAGAAUAGGUACGAUGUGGUUUUGAUGGAUGUGCAAAUGCCCGUUAUGGGAGGAUUUGAGUCCGUGGAGAAGAUUCGUCAAUGGGAGAAAAAAUCGAAUCCGAUUGACUAUUUGACAUUCAGGACCCCCAUUAUAGCAUUAACAGCCCACGCGAUGUUGGGUGAUCGAGAGAAAUCGCUUGCGAAGGGGAUGGACGACUAUGUAUCGAAGCCAUUGAAACCAAAGUUACUCAUGCAGACAAUCAACAAGUGUAUUCACAACAUCAACCAGUUGAAGGAGCUAUCGAAACAAAAUCACAAUAACCGAACGUCUGACUUUGCCAAGAAAUUGAAGAAAGGGUCUAUGAAGAAUGGAGACUCGACCAUGAAUAUAAGAUCCUCGCCGUCCAAAAACUCUAAUCGAGAUGCAAACAGCGAGUUUUUUCAGUCGGAGUCACCAUCGGUGAUAAACUUGUCAUCUACGGGUAGCCCACAUAUGGGAACAAAGUCACAUUCAUCAGAAUAUGUACCUGCCAUGAAGAGUAGACCAGGUCAAUUAGCACCGGAUACAAGGUCCGUAACUGAAAGUGCCUUACAUUACACAAGUUCUCAAAUUACUGAAAUCCAUGAUGCCAGUGAUGUCAACGAUUUCAAAGACGGCAAAGACGGCAAAGACAUCAGUGACAUGAACGAUGCAAUGGAAGUUGAUGAUCUUAAGUGA